AGGUAUGUAGUGUUGGUUUCAGUUGGUUUUGUUUGAGUUUUGACUUUUGAAACUAUUAUAAUUUUUUGGUCUGUACUCUGUGUUCUUUUUUGUGUUGGUGGUGUUGACAGGAGCUUUUCGUGAACGUUAGAGCGAAAAGAAAUAAGUAAAAAUGUCGCUCGUGAUUCCGGAUAAGUUUCAACACAUUCUUCGUAUUAUGAAUACCAAUAUUGAUGGCAAACGCAAAGUGAUGUUUGCGAUGACUGCAAUAAAGGGAGUCGGUCGCCGGUACUCCAAUAUUGUAUUGAAAAAGGCAGACAUUGAUUUAGACAAACGUGCUGGUGAAUGCACUGAAGAAGAAGUAGAAAAAAUUGUUACUAUUAUGUCCAACCCAAGGCAAUACAAAAUCCCGGACUGGUUCCUCAAUAGGCAAAAAGAUAUUGUUGAUGGUAAAUACAGCCAAUUGACUUCUUCAAACUUGGACUCUAAGCUCCGUGAAGAUUUGGAGAGGUUGAAGAAGAUCCGUGCACACAGAGGCAUGCGCCACUACUGGGGCCUCCGUGUGCGUGGUCAACACACUAAGACCACCGGCAGACGUGGUAGAACUGUUGGUGUGUCUAAGAAGAAGUAAUCUGAGUAAUAAAAAAUCUUUUUGUCAAAAA